GACUGCCAAUAGCAUGCCUUGCCUUGCUGGCUAAUACUAAUUUUACGGCAUUAUUUUCAUAAACGUCUACAAAAAAACAUACGCUUAGCGGCACAAAAAAAAAUUGAGUAUAAAUAUAUACAUUUUUUUAAAAUUUAAAGUAUAAAGUUGAUUUGCAUAACACAAAAUGAGUAACGAGGACGAGCCUCGUGAGGCUGAUGGAGGUGACAAGGAUGAGAACGCUCCUCCCGAACCAUCGUGGGUGGCAUGGGUCGAGCGCAAUGCUCGUCCCGUGAAACGAUGUCGUCCGAAAGUGGAACGCCAGUUGACACGCUGGCAGAAAGCGGGACCCAUGUCGAAGAAGGAUUGGCGCAAGUUCUUUGAGUGGGCGCUGGAGAAAGCCAUGCCCAAGGAAGUGCCCAUGGUGGAACAACCUGUGCCCUGUACGGAAAAGAUAUUACCAUGUGCGCGGGCCAAGCGAGAAAUGGAAAUGGAAGAGUUAAUGGAGAAAAUGGAGAACCUAUCGAAGCCGCUGCCACGCAAAGUGACCCCAAAGCAUGUUUACUAUCGCGAAGAGUUUCACUACUCGCCGGUCAUUGUGUGGGGACAGCCAGCGAAACACGACAAGGGACGACCCUUCCGAGGACCCUUUAUGCCCUGCUGUUUUGUGAACAAGGAUAUCGAGGAUGACUAUUGGGCUCAGUUACGGUUUCCAGUGCGUCCAUCAGCGUUAAAAGCGCGUCCCACAGCGCGCAUUCUCAGCCUGGCCAAGCCGCAUAUAAUGCCACCAAAUCCACCGCAUUGUCCCAUACCAGAGAAGCCUGUGGCGGCGUUGGAUGAACCGCCACCGAAGCGCAAGAAGUUUACGCCACGCGGCUGGAGAUUGCAUCAAAUACGACUGAUCUAUCUGUCGAAGCCUGUGUCUCGUCCCGAGUUUGAAUAUUUCUAUAUGUAAAGUCAAGUAUUCCCUUAUUAUUUGGCAAAUGUAAAAUUCUCUGUGCUGUUCAGUUUUGUAGUAAAUCAUAAUCUCACAUUCAUACAAUAAGGUA